GACCUAAUGAACACACAAUCGUUGAUUUUUGGUCAAUGAUUUGGAUAAAUGAGUCACAUAUCGUCGUAAUGUUAACAAAAGUGUUUGACUUUAUCCGAGUAAUGUGUGCCCAAUACUGGCCGACAACACUUAAUUCAUCCGAAGUUUACGGUUGUUUUGAGGUGACCUUAAUUGAUGAGGAAAAGACUGCCGAUUAUGUCAUCCGAACCAUUAAACUCAAGUGCGGUCCAAAUGAAUGUCUAAGAAGUAAGCGGUCAUCGAGUUUGGACUCGGAUACCGAUGAAUACCGAAUCAUAUAUCAACUCCAUUACCUCAGUUGGUCCGCCAAUUCGUGCCCUUAUUCUGACUCUAUAUUGAAAUUCCGUAAAAGAGUUCGACUCUAUUGUGAAGAGUUAAGUGAUAUAAAUAGCGGUCCAUUGGUUGUUCACUGCAGUGAUGGCUGCGGGCGAACGGGAGUCUACUGUUGUUUGGAUGCAAACCUGCAAUUGGCUGAAGACGAAGGCUUUGUCGAUAUUUUCAAUUACACUAAACUAUUGCGUGAAUCUCGGAAAGGGAUGAUUGAGAAUGAGGAACAGUACAGAUUCAUCUAUGAACUCAUCGAUGAAUACCUGAGUUGUGGCAAAACGUGGUUUCCUUCUAAAGAAAUAUCACAACUAUUGAAAUAUAAGUCAAUGAAAAAUCCAGUGAAUAAACAAAAUGAAUACCAACAAGAAUUUGAGAAACUGAUGCAAAUGACAUCUAAGCUAUCAAUUGGUGACUGCGCUGGCGGUCAUCGUAUUGAAAAUCGCGACAAAAAUAGAGACGUCUCUAUAGUUCCCCCUGAUAAUUUUAGACCAUAUCUAUCAUCAUUUCAAUGUAAUGAAAGUACUGAUUAUAUAAACGCUGUCUUUGUUGAUGGUUACACGCGAUCUAAAGAGUAUAUAGCGACUGAAUGGCCAAUGAAUAAGACUAUAUCAGAUAUUUGGUCACUUAUUUACGAUCACGACUGCAAUUCAGUGGUCAUUUUGGGAGGCGUUCCCCCUAAUAAUACUAAAUCAUGUCCUCAAUUUUGGCCAAAAGAAACGGUUAAAUGCAAAAAAUAUGGACCAAUAUUUUCAGUGGAAACAAUGUCAAAGAACAGUCCUCCGAGUAUCAAUUCGUGGGUAUUUAAGAUCAAUAAAAAGGUCGCAUCACUCACUGAACUUAUGGCUGGCAUUAAAGCCGAGCCCAAAGUGACCCAAAUAUUUGAAUUCAAUGCCUGGCCUUACGGUCAUAAAGUUCCCACUUCUACUAAUGCUUUGGUUGAACUAAUUAAUAUGGUUGAGAGGUGGAGACAGAGGACAGCCUACGGACCAGUUCUGGUCAUCUCUGCAAAUGGCAAAUCACGGAUUGGUGUCUAUUGUGCGGCUAAUCUGGCCAUUGAACAGGUGGUCGCACACGAAGAAGUGGACAUUUUUAAUGCCGUUAAAACUGUGCGAAGACAUAGACCGGCGCUCAUCGAAAAUAUUACUGAAUAUAAAUAUUGCUACGAUUUGACAUUACAUUAUGUGUGCCAUUAUCUU